AGUGAAAUCUUCCUUGCAAGCUGCAGAGCUGCUGGCAGGAGACACAGAGGAACCUCCAGAGAACUCCCUGGUGGCAGCCUGAGCAAAGCUCUGCCAACCUGUCAGUCCAGCCAUGCAAGAAGAGAGGGAGAGAGACAGAGCAAAGGAGAGGAGGGAGUGAAGCAGAGAUUCUUUGAAAUCUCAGCAGGACAUUAAGAGCUGCCCUUCAGUGACUGUGGGGAUCUGAGCUGACAAACAUGAAAUAUGUUGGCUUGGGUAUUUUGGAAUAUCCCUGAAGAAAGGGCACAGGAAUAUUGGAAUAUCCCUAAAUAAGCAGCACAGGAAUAUUGGAUUAUUCCUGGAUAUGGGGCACCGGAAUGUUGGAAUAUCCCUGGAUAAGGGGCAUAAGAAAUUUGGAAUAUCCCUGGAUUUCCAAUGAACAAGGAAAACAACUCCUGGGACCUUCUGUAAGCUGAGGCGGAGAUGACGAAGAUGAAUGACCAAAGUGGCUGCUACAGGCCUGUAAAUAUCCAGGGAAACAAGGUCAGUUACCGCGGGACCUGUCGGGAAAGCCCGGAAAAGGAGGUGAAAAGGCUGCAGAAGAGAUUUCUCCACAAGGAUGGCAGCUGCAACGUCUACUUCAAGCACAUCUUCGGGGAGUGGGAGAGCUACGUGGUGGACAUUUUCACCACACUGGUGGACAUCAAGUGGCGCCACAUGUUUGUGAUUUUCUCCCUGUCCUACGUGCUCUCGUGGCUGUUCUUCGGCCUGGUCUUCUGGCUGAUUGCUGUCCAGCACGGGGACCUGUUCAGCGACGAGGAGGCCACCCCCUGCGUGGCAAACGUGCACAGCUUCACGGGAGCCUUCCUGUUCUCCCUGGAGACCCAGACCACCAUCGGCUACGGGUACCGCUGCGUGACCGAGGAGUGCUCGCUGGCCAUCCUCAUGGUGAUCCUGCAGUCGGUGCUGAGCUGCAUCAUCGACACCUUCAUCAUCGGAGCGGCCUUGGCCAAGAUGGCCACAGCCCGCAAGAGGGCCCAGACCAUCCGUUUCAGCUACUACGCCGUGGUUGGGCUGAGGGACGACAAAUUCUGCCUGAUGUGGCGCAUCGGGGACUUCCGGCCCAACCACAUGGUGGAGGGCUCGGUGCGCGCGCAGCUGCUGCGCUACAAGGAGGACAAGGAGGGCAGGAUGACCAUGGAGUACCGCGACCUAAAGCUGCUCAACGACCAGAUCAUCCUGGUCACACCAGUCACCGUCGUCCACGAGAUCGACAGCGACAGCCCCUUGUACGGCCUGGACCGCAAAGCUCUGGCCAAGGACAACUUUGAGAUCUUGGUGACGUUCGUCUACACGGGUGACUCCACGGGGACCUCCCACCAGUCGCGCAGCUCCUACGUCCCCAGAGAGAUCCUGUGGGGCCACAGGUUCAACGAUGUGCUGCACGUCAAGAAGAAGUACUACAAGGUGGACUGCUUGCAGUUUGAGGAGACCACGGAGGUGUACGCCCCUCACUGCAGCGCCAUGCAGCUGGAGCAGAAGGAGCAGGAGUGGAACCGCGCCGAGAAGGUGCGGGAGAAACAAGCGGAGAAGUCAGCCCUGGAAAUCAAGUACAACCAAAAGUCCCUCAGCGCUGUUGCCCUCGUCAGCAGUUGUGAGGACCCUGAAGAGCCGGUGACAGCUCCCAGCCAGCCUCCUGGAGAGGUUUCCUACAGGAAAGCAGCUGUGACCUUGAGCAGGCUCUCCAUAGAGUCCCAAAUCUGACUGUUCCUGCCGUUGAAACCCCUCCCAAAAAACUGUCCCCUCGUAGCUCCUUGGAUGCAAACAGUGAACUCAUGUGCAGCAGUAUUUAUAUCCCAGACCUCGCUGACAGCGUGCCCACGCUGUCACACGCUGUCACACCCUGCCACACCCUGCUGGGCUGCCAGGGGCACCUGUGGGCACAAGGGAGCAGCUUCCACUUGGGAUGCCCAGAGAGCCCCCUUGAGCAAACCCUGUGUGAACUUUCUUUCCCUGCAGGGACCAGGGUUGGUCAUGCCCAGGGACACAGAAUGACCUCGGCAGGGCACACAAACCAUGCCCUGGGCCCUCGGGGUAGAGGUUUCAAAGCUGCUUCACUGGUUUGGAAAGGCCAUUCCCAGUCCCUCCAGGAGGCUCUGAAGUUCCAUUAUCCCAACAAAUGAUUCCUCAGGUGCAGCCUCAUCCCAGAGCUCCUCUGUGGAAUCUACGGGGCUGUUCUUUGUAAGACAAGGGAAUAACUGACCCCAGAGUUCCUGGCUGUUUUUCGACACGUGUUCUCACCCUGCCCAGUCCUGUGGGAUCCACAGUGGGAUCCUGGAGAGCUUUCGUUCCCUAAUCAUGAGCCAUUCCCUGAGGUGCCGCUCCCUCACCAGCUGGAGGGAUGCAGGAGGUCAAAAAAAAAAUCAAAACAAACCUCCAGUUUUAAAUCAGCAAAUUCAGGUUGAGCCUUGAGGAGAAGAUCAUGUCUGGAGUGAGCUGUGCAAUAUUUUGUAUCAAAUCCUCUUUCAUUUCAUUUUGCUUUUCUUUUUAGCGUGUUGCACUUCCCUGCAAAGACAAAGAUCAAUCUGGAGAACAAACAGGGUGAUUCUGUCAAAAUGAAAAAUGCUUGUCUCAGAUGGCUGUGUAAAAAUGAUCCUUCACGGAGGAAUCCAACAACUCUGUUGGCUCAAACUAGGAAAAAAAGGAAAAGGUUCUGAAGGUGUCUGUGACGUGGAAGUUCCUGCUCUGCACAUCUCUGUAAUUAUCUAGUGAGCAAUGCCUCAUCAUGCUUUUGCCCCUGAUGAUUGCAGCUCAUUUGCAUUGCGUUUAAUUAUCCUGCAAACGUAAAAUAAUCCUAUUGGAGUUUGUGGGGUUGAUCUCACCUGCCCAUAGCAGCCAAGAAAUUCAGUGUUUGCCUGCUCUCUCUGGUUACUGGAGCUCUUCUGUCUCCACAGGGGAGUUCACCCCACCUUCCUCAGGUUUUUGGGGAGCUGAGGGCAGCAGGAUGAGUUUUUCCUGGAAGUGUUCAUCCCUCUCCAUUUAUUGCUGAAGGAGAUGAAACGACUGCUGUGGAAAUGCUGGCUAACUUUAGGCUGCUAAAAUUAGGUCUGACGAGUCAUU